CCAUCGGCGAGAUGGGUAACACUCACAUGACUUACACGUGCUAGGUUGUUGCGUUUUUUCUUUGAAUUCGAGUCGCCUUCCCAAAUCCGAACGGUCCGGUGUGCGUCGAAGGCAGCUAGAGAGCAGAUUGCGAAGUGGAGGGCAGGAGAGCUGGAAGAGAUGGGUCUGAAGGCGGAGAAGGGAAGAUCUUCUGUUGCUAAGGCAGCGGUGAUCCAAUGCAACAACAGUGAUGCCAUCGAUCACUGGGCGUUUUUGGAAGAAAUCGAAGCCCCAAUGUGGGCAGACCUUACAAUGGAAGCUCCAUUCAUGGACCAAGAAGACGUUGACAGUGCUUGGUUUUUGGUAUCACAUUCGUUCCAUCAAAUGUCAUCUCAGAAACUGAAGAAAUACCUCCAUGGCAAAGAUAAAGAGAGAUUGCAUAAUUUGCGAUGCCACUCUCCUGAGGUUCCCGACUCUGUCUCGCGAUCUAGAGGCAAGCAUUACAAGAGCAGAAAGUGGUUGGAGAGUACGCGCGAGUCCACUGCUAAACAACACCCUGUUAGGAAAUUGGGUGCAACAAGUUUGCAGACAGAAAUAAAGAAAGAUCUUGCUCAUGAGACCUCAAGAAGCACAAUCACGAUAUGUUCAUUAUCAAGAACGCCAUCUGAGUGCUUACUGACUGAUAACGAAAUCUCCAUUACUGAAACGAAUAUCAUAUCUGGAAAGGCCCCAUCAAGCACUGCCAUGUCUAAGUAUCAGAAUUUAAGAUCCAAGGUGAGUGUUGGAUUUACAAGAAGCACUCCUAAGAGAGGAACUUUGAGGAUAGCCUGCAAAACUGCUAGCAGUGCUAUCAAGCCAAACUUGACAGGCAAUAGGAAGACAUUAUGCUCCAGAAAAGAAAUAAACAAGACUGAAGAUCUCUUGCACAAGCUCAAUUCUUCAUCUGGCAAAUCCAGUGUUGGUUCUUCUAACAGCCUUGGAAGCAUACUUGAGAAUGCUCAUUCUACUAAUUCAGCAAAAAAUGGAAGGGGCAAUGAAAGUAAGAAGUCACUAGCUAGUCUACCAAAGGUGCAUGAAAAGAAGAGUAAACAUAGAGUUCAACAUUUGCAGCAUCAAACUAUAACAAGUAGUGCUAAAAUUGUCUGCAAAGAAUCAAAAUCCAAGGUUUUAGGUUCAAACAAAAUUAGGAAGCCUGCAAGUGGGUUCAACAAACCAAAAUCACAAACAAAUGUAGCUGUGACAAAACAGACAGUCGUUGCUGGUGCUGAAAGAAGUAAAUUUGUCUCUGUUUAACAAAGAAAAUAUUAUUAGAGGCAAGCUGCUAUAUCCCAGAUCUUCGAAACUAAACACAUAAACUAGGUAUUCCUAGUUAACUAUUAUGAAAUGAGUUAACUAUUUAUUUUUACAUACAAACUAUUGAUGGAAUCAACAACCCACUUGAGAUGAAUGUUAGACUAUGCUAAGUAAACUUCAAUUGCAAUAAGCUGAUUUUUUUCCUGAGACCUGGAAAGGAAAUCCUGUAUUGUUCAUCAUACUAAGAAUGCAAUUUCUUUUUCGCUCUAUUCCAUGUCCAUAUUACGAUCACAACUUGCAUAUUUUGAAGAGAUAGAAAAAUAGUUAGUAAUGGACUUGAAUGUAGAAGAAAAAAAUAGUAAGGAGAGAGGUGAGAAUAGUUAAGUUGUUUCCUAACUCUUUUUUCAGAGAAAGAGAUAAUGGGUGAUUGGGUAAUACGGGCAGAAAAAUGAUAUGAUGAUGAUGAAAUAACAUAGCUUAAGAAAUAUUUAUCUGAUUGAUUCUGAGCCUCUUUCUUUUCCUUUUUAAGUUAAUUUCUCUGCAAUAUUGAUAUUCUUAUGUUUCUGUUCGAGUCAUGUAGUAUUGCCACUCCCUUCAAGGGAAAGGCUAGGUAGCAGGUUAUCACACACUUCAUAGUGAGGGCCUUUUUGAUUAUAUAUCUGAGCACAAAUUAAGUGAGCCAAAAGGACCGCUGUAUUUUUUUUUGAACUAAUUGAUUCAUUUUAUCUUUCUAUAAUUACAUGCUUAGAACAACAAACUCCUAAUGUACCCCUCACAUCUUUGCCUUCGUUACCCUUUUUACUUCAUCUCCUAUACAAUACCAAUCAAAAACAUUCUCUCAUUUGAAUGAUGUAUCCUCACACAUAUACUCCAUGGUAUGUUUUAUAGUGAUACUAGCUUUGUAUUAGUAAUUGAGCUAAGUGAAUGAUGUAUCCUUUUUUUACUUCAUCACCUAAUCAAUACCAAUCACAAACAGGUCUCAUUUGAAUGGUAUAUAUGCUCCAAGAUAUUUUCUACCUCUAACUAAUUGAGCCAAGUGAACAUAGUCCAUGUGUCUAUUCACCUCUUGGUCCCCGGGCUAGCUUAGUUGGUAAGUGCAUGGGAUAAUAACUGUAGUGGUCGGGGGGUCAAAUGCAGAGCCCUACCAUGCACUUGCUAAUUUGGAUCUGUGCUGAACUCCCUCCCAAUGGCGUGGGGCAAUUGUGAGGGCCUGCUAAGUUGGCUGUACCACGUUUUAUGUGUCGAUUCACCUCUUAUGUUUUCUGACUUCUUAAAUACUAACAGUGAACAUAAGCUUUUUCAAUCGGCAGUGCUUGGGUGAAUCUUGCAAGCUAAAAAAAUUUAAAGUGAAUCUUUAAACUGAUGCACUUGAGAAUUCGUUUCUAUGGAGUACAAUUUCUUGUUCUUUUAACAGGUAAAAUGCAAUGGAUGGAUAUGGUGCUUCAAUUGUAUAUAGAUCCCUCUGAGCUAUGAUUCCUUCCACCACCUUAGUCAUCAUACCUUGGGCGAAACAUGUGACUUUCCCAUAUAUUUUGAUAUCAUAUUAGUUUUUCUUGUUGAAGUCUUGGGAUUAUGUACUUUUCAAAUGCUUGAGUGGAUAUAAUGGCAGCUAAGUGUACAUUCCGUAUGGAGUGAAUUGAGAAUGAUUCAUCAUUCUAUAUUUCCAUUUCCCUGUUUGGAUACCAAAGGCACCUUCGAGUCUUGCCUUGUUUCAAGGCACUGUGUCGUCUCAUAAUGGCUAAGCAAGUUCUAUAAGUGUGAGUUGAAAGAACUAUGUUAGUAUUGCAUUUGCGCAGAUGCGGUGAUAAAUUGUGAUACAAAAAUUUUGUCGAUUUCAU